AUGUUUAGUUUCUUUUCGCGGUCAGAUGACGUCACUCGGCCCAAGUCGCCGCUUCGAAGCCGGCCCUUUUUCCUCCGAGCUCAUCGAUCGACAUAUCGAUGCGGUAUCGAUCACCGCGGCGCCAUUUUACUUGUGGACCGUUUCCUGGCGCAGCCUCCGCCGAGGGCCGGAUGGAAAGCUGCCAAGCGGCGCAGGUUGAUGACGUGGCCGGCGCGGGAGAACCAACUGCCAAGCAAAGUGGCCGAAGAGCAAAUUGCGCAGAAUGGCGAACUUGUAAAGACGGACAAGUUGUCGACGACGUGGAAGCAGCUCGUAAAGAGGGACAAGAUGUCGACGACGUGGAAGCAGCUGGAGCUCCACCCGAGGAUCGUCGGCGCCCUGCGCGGAGCCGGCCUGCGCUCGGUCCAGGAGGUCCUGUCCACGUCCGGUCCGGACCUGCAAAUGCUGACGGGCUUGUCCGCCGCCGACGUCCGGCGGCUCCUGACGGCCUCCGCUGUCCUGUGCGGGCCCCGCCCCCCGGUACCAGUCCUUCCGACGGACGAGUCCGGCGCCCGACUCGGCCUGGGCUGCCCCGCGUUGGACGGGCUGCUGAGAGGCGGACUUCCCGUGGGGCGCGUCACCGAACUGUCGGGAGAAAGCGGCGUCGGGAAGACCCAGUUGGCUCUGCAGCUCUGUCUCUCCGUGCAGUACCCGGUCCGGCACGGGGGUCUGGACUCAGGAGCUGUGUUUGUGUGCACGGAGGACGCUUUUCCCAGCAGACGUCUGCAGCAGCUGAUCGGAGAACAGUCGCGUCUCCGCGCUGACGUCCCGCCGCCCGUGACCGGCGACCUCGGUUUCGGCGACCGCGUUUACGUGGAGCACGCCGCCAAUCUGACGUCGCUGCAGUCGUGCCUGCGGCGCCGCGUCGGCCUCCUGCUGGCCCGCCGCCUGGUGCGCUUGGUGGUGGUGGACUCGGUGGCGGCGGUCUUCAGGUCCGAGUUCGGAAGCGCCGACUGGCUGGAAAAAAGCAAAGAGCUGCUGACGCUGUCGUUCACGCUGCACUACCUCUGCCGCCAGUUCCGCGCCGUCGUCCUCUGCGUCAACCAGGUCGUCGACGUCUUCGGCGACGCCGAGAACCACUUGGGCCCCUCGUCCUCACACGUGGCCCCGGCGCUGGGCCUGGCGUGGGCCAAUCAGGUGACGGUGCGGCUGAUGAUGCGGCGUCUCGAGGGGACGGCGACCCGGGGCGACCAGGUCGGCGCCCUCCGCAGGUUGGAGGUGGUCUUCGCGCCUCAUCUGCCCAGGACGGGACGGGACGUCGCCGUGUGGAGGGAGGGCGUCCGGGGGCUGGAGGGCGUCCGGGGGCCGGAGGGCGUCCGGGGGCCGGAGGGCGUCCCGGGGCCGGAGGGCGUCCCGGGGCCGGAGGGCGUCCGGGGGCCGGAGGGCGUCCGGGGGCCGGAGGGGGGCCGGAGGGCGUCCCGGGGCCGGAGGGCGUCCGGGGACCCGGGGGUGCCGACGCCCCGCUCGUCUGACUUUGUGCCUUCGUCAUGAACGUCUUCGUAUCUUCUUCUUUUUCACCUUUUGUACACAACAAAUGUGAGCAGUGCAACGUUUCUCAUUAAAAACAUUUGAAAAGAUGGAUUUUGGCUGUGUUUUGUUGGGAGGAAUUCAUUGCAUUUGCCUCGGGCACGCCUUUGCUCUGA